AUGGAAAACUUUUUCACGAAAAAAGUACAAAACGUGUUUGCAAUUUUGAAGAGAAGCAACAAGGAGGAGGGAGCCACCUCGCAUGACGAAACGAAAGAGAUUAAAUCUGAUGAGGUGGGAACAGAUGGCCAGAAAAAAAACGCCUCUUCCAAACUGCCUACAGAAAAGGACCCGAAAAAGGAGCCAAAGAGAAUACUACUCAACAAUGACACAACCGCCGGUAGCAACAAAAAGGAAAGCACAUCAACGGAAGCAAGAGAUAAUUACCAUAGCGUAAUUAAAAAACGGAAGUUAAUAAAACUGCACAACAAGGACAAUAUCUACCUAAUUGACAAUUUUAUCAAUAUAAAAAAAUGCAGUGAGGGUAAUUAUACCAGUGGGAAGGACGUGAAAAAGAACGGAGCGACAGUUCCGCCGACGGCUACCUCUGCUACCAUUGCUAGUAGGGCUACGUUGAACACCCCCAGUAUUUGCAAUUUACUGUCUACCAAGAAGGACGAAAAUGACAAGAAAGCCAAAGCGCAGGAGGCACGGCUUAUUAACAGCAAUGCACAAAGUGCAGGUGGCCUCGAACAGACGCCAGCCAACCACCCCCCAGACCAAACCGAAACGGAUAAUAACCCAAAAAAGGGAAAGAGUACCAAUUUAGUACCCACGACAAACACGUGCACAAAGAAGGAGGAAGAAGGAGAAGGAGAAAAAGAAGACGAAGUAGAAAAAGCAGACGAAGGAGAAAAAGCAGACGAAGGAGAAAAAGCAGACGAAGGAGAAAAAGCAGACGAAGGAGAAAAAGCAGACGAAGGAGAAAAAGCAGACGAAGGAGAAAAAGCAGACGAAGGAGAAAAAGCAGACGAAAGGAACACAACCGAGAAGAAAAAGAAUAACCAGAAGGAAGAGCAAAACGAUCAAGCCUUUUUAAGAAGCAUGGCCGAUAAAAAAAGUGAAACGAAAAAACAAAAAACCAAUCAUGUCAUAAUUAACACAAAUAAUUCUAACCAAAGGGAGAAUUCACUUUUUGCUAAAAAUACCGGAGGGGAGAAGAGAGUUAACAGAAUUGAUGAAAUUUUUAAAAACCUCAUAGAGGAAAGUAGGAAGAAAGACAAACAGUUAAGCAUUCCAGACAGUGGUGGCAGUGCACCUUGUCAGGUAAACCAUAUUAACAACCCCCAUGAGGGAAGUGCCCUAGAUGAGAAUAAAAAGGGACAAAAUUUCGAAGAUGAGCCUGAGUCUACGAAAGGGGUAGAUGAAUGUAACCCUAAUGAUAACGCCGCUAUAAGUAAUGCCAAAGGUAAAAUUGAGACUCAGGAAACGUUACAUAAAGAUGGAGAACCAGGUGAGGAAGGGCAGAAGGGAGGUUCCCCCACCCAUGAGGCGAAACUCCAAAGGGAUGAGCCUCUCCAGUGCAACGGCAGUCAUGAUAGUUUGGGGUCGGCCAAAAUGGACAGUCCCGCCCGCAGCCGAAGUAGCAGCGUGGGAAGCGCCGCUGGAAGAAGCCCUCACAGCCGCUCUGGUAGCCGCUCUGGUAGCCGCUCUGGAAGCCGCUCUGGAAGCCGCUCUGGUAGCCGCUCUGGAAUCCGCUCUGGAAGCCGCUCUGGUAGCCUCUCUGGUAGUCACCCUGUCAGCCACGGUAAGGAGAACUCCAAGUCAAUGGGGGAGAGCCAACCCGAGGAACAGCCCCCCCUCUGUGGGGAUGACAAGAGCACCUCCGAGUCUGAGAGAGCAACUCCAGGGAAGAAACUCCCCUGCGACACAAGCGAAACGGAUGAGGCAAACAGUUUGAGGAUAAAGUUCCCCCAGUUUGCAAUAGACCAAAGCAAAAAUCUAAUAAACGAAACAAAUGAAUUUUUCAAAAUGUACGAUUUGAAUCUUAAAGUGGAAUACCUACCGAUGGAUAUCUCAAAUGAUUUAAAAUUAUUGAUGGAAAGAAAAAAAAAAUUUGUUUGCAUAAUUAAUGAUUAUAAAAAUGAGUUAAGACAGAGGAGGAGUCAUUCCAGGAGGGAAGACAAAAACGCAAAGGGGAGGGACCCACACGGAGGUCAACUGCAAACGGUGGUGGAAGCAACAUCGGUGGGUGAACUAUGUUCAGAAAAACAGGAAAAUGAGGCUACCCCAGGGAAGUACCCACCACACGGCGAUGAUGAUAAUAAUAACGAUAAUAAUAGUAAUAGUAAUAAUAGAAAUAAUAGUAAUAAUAAUGGUGUCGCGUGUGAGGAGUUUGAAAAUGCGAAUCAACCCUCUGUGUGUUCCAAGACGGAGGAAGUAAAGCUCGGACCGCCAACCAUGGGAAAUAAAACUCCCAUUAAAAACUGCGAAACGGUGACUGAUCAACACGAUGUAAAGUUUGCGCUAGAAGAUAGGAACCGUUCUUCCGCCAAAGAAACGGCAAAUCAUGUGCAGGACGGACUUAAUGAGGGGGAAGUGAAAAAAGGUAACAACAAUCUGGAGGGAAGGAAAAAAAGAAAGGGAGAGGAGAAGAUACUCGAAAAGGGGAUCACCUCGUACGACAACUUGAACUACCUGAGUGAUGACGAUAAGGAGAUCGUAGAGAACGAGCACAGAAAAUUUUUGACCCUUUUGGAGAAGGUGAAUCAGGGGGACUGCGCUGGAGGGGGGACCAGCCGUCCAGAUGAAGAGCAGCAGCCGGGAGAUACAAGCCACUUGGGUGAAGGAACCCCCGUGGAGGCCGCGCCACAAAUGGAGGAAGCACAAGAAGCAAAAGUAACCAAGGAAGAAUUCAUAAAAAAUCUCGUGCAAGACCUAACCCAGGAUUGCAGCGAAGAAAAGAACUACGAGCAACAGAAGCAAAUAAAAGACGAAGAAACGAAAUUUGAAAAACUGAAAGAAACAAUAACACGAAUAAAAAUAAAAGAAAAAAAAAUCGAUGUACUUCUUAGCAGUAGUGAAAACCUCUUUAACUACACCAACAUGUACAGACGUCGACAAAUUUUACAUGAAAAAAUGUUAAUGAAUUGGAGUUAUGUGCAAAAUUCAGUGAAUAAAAAAAACGACGUAAGAAAUAGGAAUCUGCCAUUUCAACUACUAGAACUGGAUAAAGAUUUAACGAAAAAUGUACCGAAAGCUUAUGACGAUAUUUUACUGGACCAGUUUUCAGGCAUCAUAAUUACGUUAAAUACGACCUCGUUCGAAACAACUGUGGAUGGGAAUGCAAUUCAUGUUAAGAAAAUCGUUUGUGGUUGUCUAAUCGAGUACUUAGGUACCUCCGAGAUGAACAUAAAAUGUAUAUGGGCUCAUCCAUUUUUGAAUGCAAAAUCGACCUAUUACAUUUUAAGAGCAUUUUUGCCCAGAAUCAUUUUAGAGGCAUUCCUAAAUUAUAGGACACCCUCAGAGAAGGAAAUUCUUUCCAACGAGUUAAUGGAUUCUUCCGGUCUUGAGGAAGAGCACACGGUGGAUGGGACCCCCGAGGAGAUGACCCAAUCGAAAAAGAAAAAAAGUUUUUACGAUAGGCUACACCAACUUGGGGAAAGCAACUCAAAUAAAGAGAAAACGAAGAAGAAGAAAAAAAAUGAAAAAAGGACGGAUAGUAGCCACACAAACGAGGAAGAUGCUUUUUUUAGUAAUUUCGCCAUGCAACAGUACCCCGCAACGUACUUCCUAAAUUUUAGUAAAGACUGUGCUGAGCUUCUUCAAAACUUGGAUAGCCACACUGUUGAAUCUGAGAGGAAGAAUGAAGAAGGGAGCGGACACUACAGUUACCCGACCUGGGUAGAGGACCCCCUACAUGAGGAAGAUCUCCCUUGUGUAGAACACAGACAAGAUAGCGAACCAGACGGAAAAAACAAAUCGGGAGCAAACAAGGCAAAUAAGUUUAUACACAUCAUUUUUAGCGACAUUGAUAUUUUCCCUAGGCAGUGCUACCUUCUACUGUGCUCCUACAAGUACAUGUGCUUAAAUAUGCACUACGACACGGACUUCUAUUCUGUGCACUACGAUCUGAAUUUAAAAAAUAUUCAAAAGGAAAACAUCGGGAAGGAUACCGAGUUGUCCAACGUGUGCCCCUGCACGUCUGUGAAAAAUGUCUCCUCAGAUACGGAGGACUCUUACGAGCGGAUUAUCGGAUGUAGCGAGCUGUACAUGUACUACAUGAUGCCGAAACGGGAGGAACGCGGACAACUAGGGUUACUGGAAAGGAACGGGUGGAGAGACUUAAUCCCAAAUACCUUUGAUGAAGACAUAAGGGAAAAUAUUUCCAACAUUGUGAAAACAAGAACCAGCAUAAGUAACAUGCAUGACCACAUAUCCAUACAAAAUAAACAGAAUGAGAAGAAUUACACCACGGCAUAUAUAAAUAAAUACGAGUGGUGUGGACUGAAAAUAAAGGACAUUCGGAACAUGAUGAACGAGGACUUUAAUUAUGAGUCGCCGAAGAAGAAGUGA